CCCAUCAUGUCUGCUGCCAACCAGAGCAGUUCAGUUCCCCAGUGGUUCUUCCUUGUUGGCAUCCCUGGCCUGGAGGAGUUUCACCUCUGGCUCUCCAUCCCGCUGUGCCUCAUGUAUGUCCUGGCACUGCUGGGCAAUCUGGUGCUAGUCGUCACCAUAGCUCUUGACUCCGCCCUCCACCAGCCCAUGUACGUCUUCCUGGCCAUGCUUGCAACCACCGACGUGGUGUUGUCCUGCACCACAGUCCCCAAAGUGCUCAGCAUUUUCUGGUUCCGCUCCAGGGCCAUUUCGUUUGGGGCCUGCCUCGCCCAGGUCUUCUUCAUCCACUUUGUCUCUGCCAUGGAGUCCGCCAUACUGCUCGCCAUGGCCUUUGACCGCUACGUAGCCAUCUGCAACCCCCUGAGGCACACGGCGAUCUUGACGCACUCCGUGAUCGAGAAGAUCGGGCUCGCAGCUUUCCUACGAGGUUUCUCUGCUGUAGUUUUCCUGACCUUCCUCCUGUGCAGGCUGCCGUAUUGUGGACACACGAUCAUCCCGCACACGUACUGUGAGCACAUGGGAGUGGCUCGCCUGGCCUGUGCUGACAUUACCCCCAACGUGGUGUAUGGCCUGACGGCAGCUCUCUCCACGUUGGGGAUAGACGCUGUGCUCAUCUGUGUGUCUUAUACGCUGAUCCUCCGGACAGUCUUCCAGUUCCCGACCAAAGAAGCCCGCCUCAAGGCCCUCGACACCUGCGGGUCUCACAUCUGUGUCAUCCUGUUGUUCUACACCCCAGCUUUCUUCUCUUUCUUAACUCACCGGUUUGGCCACAGUAUCCCCCGCCAUGUUCACAUCCUACUGGCCAACCUCUACGUCAUCGUCCCGCCAAUGCUAAACCCUAUCAUCUAUGGGGCGAAAACGAAGCUGAUCCGUGAAGGAAUUGCACGUUACAUCUUGCAGAUGGGAAAGCACUUCUGA